AUGAUCCGCACCGGAUGAAUCUAGGACGACGCAUAUAUUCGCCGUAAAUAAAGCGAAGCACAAUCAGAGACCAACGUAAACCCGAGGAAUAGCAAACGAUGUAGACCGCAUAAAUGCAGGCUCCUUUAGCAGUUUAAGUCCACGGUUAGUCGACUCAAAUUAGUAACAGGAGGGUAUUGUCAGCAGCAACUCUGGGGAGCGGAAAGGAUCCGAACACCGCUCGACACGGCGUUUCAAUCUCUCCCUGGACUGCUACCCAAACUGACAGCUGUUCCGUACGAUUCGAUAUCCGAAAAUGUCGACCGAUGCUUGGAAGAAGGCAGAGCAAGUGUUUCAGGGGCGUACGGAAGAUGGGGAUUCGAUGCCUAAGAUUCCGCUCUGGCUAGAUUGUGACACCGGACAUGAUGAUGCCUUUGCCAUACUAUUGGCGGCCCAUUCUCCGGCAAUUAAGCUGCUUGGGGUGAGCACCGUACAUGGAAAUGCCUCACUAGGACACACGACCGAGAAUACUAUCGCAGUGUUGGAAGCCAUUGGAAAGCAGGAUAUUCCGGUUUGUGUUGGAGCAGCGAAGCCCUUCUGCAGAGAUGCAGUGCACGCUGGUACCAUUCACGGUGAAUCCGGCCUAGAAGGUUCCGAACUCCUGCCCAAACCGGUCACGAAACCAUGGACGACCACGGAGACCAUUCAGACCAUGUACAAAAGACUAAAGGCGACUCCGAAGGGGACCGCGUACGUCGUAGCCACCGGAACGCUCACGAACGUCGCCCUGCUGUUCUCCGUCUAUCCAGACAUUGUCGACCACAUCAAAGGCCUCAGCAUCAUGGGCGGCGCGAUUGGAGGAUUAUUCACAAAUGCGCCGAUGGGCCGUAUCAAAGAAGACCGAGUUCUGUUCACACGGGAUGUGCAUGAAGUGUUCGAUGGAAGGCUCCCCGACGAGGAGGGAAUGAGCCUCGAAGACGUCGUCCUCGACUUCCGACAGAAAGGCCUCCUGCACGACGGCGAUAGCGUGAGCGACGAGAGAAUACGAUUAUUGCUCGAGCAGGCUCGGAGGAGAUUUGGCAAUUGGACGGAGUACGCCGAGUUCAACAUAUACUGCGACCCUGAGAGCGCUGCAUCCAUAUUCACGAACCCUAAGCUAGCCGCUAAAACGGACUUGAUCACACUCGACCUCUCACACCAAGUCCUUGCUACGCCAAAGAUCCUUGAAUUGUUGCUCUACGGUAGAGGAGGUGAUCCCUCGACUACGAAACCCUCGAACAUGCGGAUCAUGUUCCACGAGCUCCUGACUUUCUUUGCCAACACCUACGAAACGGAAUUCGGGAUGAAGGAAGGUCCUCCUCUCCACGAUCCGCUGGCCGUUGCAGUGGCAUUGGCGCCAUUUUUGUUUAACGACAACAAAGGGGAGCGGUUUUCGUUACACGUCGUCCGAGGGGAAGAUAACGGAAUCCAGAUUGAGUCGUCAGAAGAGUUGGAGAGGCCGCGAGCACCCGCGAACGCCGAACAGUGUGGAAGAACGGUCAUCCAGCCUGUCAAAGACGCGUCUGGCGUCCGCAUCCCAAGGUCAUGCGACGUGGAGACAUUCUGGCUCAUGCUUGAGCUUGCUCUUCAGUCUGCCGAAAAGGUUUCACCGUUGGGGUCAUCUUGAUACAUAUAUGUUCACGAUAUAAAUCAUUUAAGAAUUACGCUUUUCUCGGUAUUCUUCGUAUUUCGGUCAUUGAAGUCUUCACACGCAUUGUUUUGUUCAUGCUUUCACUUGAUUGUAGAUAUGAGAACCACUACAAUCCAUGCCAAUCCCAAAUGGCUGUAGAUUAAAAUAGCUGUAUGUACCUAGAGCCUUGAGGUGAUCAUGGACUAGCGCAC